AUGGGUGACAAUUUCCGCCGCUGGGCAGCGGAAUACAUCCAGCUGUUUCCUGCCAGUGAACGAAAGCUUGUGCUGCAUUCCUUAUUGGAUGGAGAAGCUCGGGAUAUAGUACAAGACGAACAUGUCUUGGAAGGUGGGGUCCCGGAAGAUGUCUUUGAAGGGCUUCGCACAUGCUUGACAGAGCGGAUCCACCCAGUCCGACAUCAAUAUCGGUUCCAGUCACGGAUCCAACUGUCGGGCGAAAGGCCGACGAAUUUUGUCCGAGAACUGCGGCGACUAAGUGAAGACGCUUUCUAG